AUCAACGGAGCGGAUCCGUGCGGCGCGACAGAUUCUCAGCUGUCAUUAGAACUAGACAACAGACAUGCCAGGCCGACGACCGCUUUUUGGUGGGGCCAUCGAGGCAGAGGUACCGUCGAAGCUUAUCGAUGCGAGCGAGCUUCGCCAGGUGCCCGACACGCAAGAGGUGCUCUUGAGCCCCGACUCAGACGUGACCCUCAUCGUCGAAGUUUUGCAGCGAGUCGACAAGGAUGACCUAGGAGAGGCGAUUAGCUUCCACUUCGACUCGCUCGCCCACGACAACUCCGCCUCGUCUUCGUCGGUGACGCAAAUCUUUGCCCUGCCCGGCACCACGCCCUCGCCCACCUUCAGCCCCUCUUCGCUGUCCAAGGACACGCCCACGCCCUCGCCCUUGGCCCUCGUGGGCGAGCAGCAGGUGCCCAAGUUUGGCAAGCAGGAGCUCAACGACAGGGUCAGGAUUUGGCUCGCCCUCUGGCGGCUGUCACCGGCAAAGAAUGUCGACCUGGUUCUGAGCGUCAAUGAGCCGCUCAAGGGCGACGAUGUGCUCCAAGCCGACGACACCUCGUCUUCGUCAGAGGCAAGGGACUUGUUCGAAAAGGCCGUCACCAGCCUCAAGAUUCAAGACUGGAACCUCUUCUCUGCAUAAGGGCCAACGCUCCUCCUGUAUAGUAGUGUUACUAGAAUCAUGACAUUGCUACAUUGUCUGCAC